CCCCUCCCUGUGCUCCCUUUUUAUCUCUCUCUCCUUUUGUGUGUGGAUACAGCAGCUGUUUCUCUCUCUCUUUUUCUCGGCAGACAUGGGCUCCACAGUGAUGGAGUUGCUGUAUUGGAGGGACCCGCGGAAGACGGGUGUGGUGUUUGCAAGCGCCCUGCUGUUACUGGUCGCCCUGAGCCGCUUCAGCGCGCUAAGUGUGCUGGCCCACGUGGCGCUGGCCAUCCUCUCGGUCACCAUCAGCUUCAGGGCCUACAAGUCCCUCCUGCAAGCUGUCCAGAAGACCGACGCCGGACACCCCUUCAAGGCGUAUCUGGAGUUGGAGGUUGCUCUGACACCAGAUCAAAUGAGCUCUUAUAUUGAAAAGAUGCAGCUCUACGUAAACAGCACUCUCGUGGAACUGCGUAGACUAUUCCUGGUGCAAGACCUGCUGGACUCCAUAAAGUUUGCAGUGCUGAUGUGGUUGCUGACACACCUUGGGGCUGUGUUUAAUGGUCUGACUCUCCUGAUUCUUGCUGUGGUGGCCAUGUUUACCCUGCCCAUCGUUUAUGAGAAAAACCAGACUCAGAUUGACCAUUUCUUGGGAGUGGUGAAGAAUAAUGUACAACACAUCUUGGCAUUGAUCAAAUCGAAAGUUCCUGGAGCCAAGACGAAGAACCAGUGAUGCUGCCUCAAGGAGUGAACAGCCCAAUCCCAGCAUUCCUUUAUGAAUGUCAGUCUUCCCUUUCCUGUCAGACAUGUCAUUUUUUAAAGAAACUUGAACAAAAGUGAAAACACUGUCGACUGCAUGCACCUGAAUAAAUUAUGUGGUAUGCUUUGAA